AUGGUCAACGCAAGCAUGACCAAGGACCAAGGGUCUGUUAAGCCUGAUCAGGGCGGGACAGAUAACCUGCGUCGGUCAACCAUCAAGAUGCCACCGCCGGACACCAAAGGGGCCCCCACCUUUGACGGCUGUAACAUCACCGAUUUCCUUGACAAGUAUGAAGCCUUGACUGGGCUUGCUGGUUACUCUGACAAAGAGAAGACAAAAGCGUUGCCAUGGUACUUACCUGAUGAACACCGAGCAACGGUGAAGAUCAAGGCUGAAAAGGAGACUUGGCAAGAACUAAGCAAGUUCCUUCUUGACACUUACGGACAACUCGACGAAGAGGUCAUCCUUCAACCGAACCGCCGCAUCAAGGACCUUAUGAAGAGAGACUUGAUCAGGGACGAUAACCUGACAGAAACUGCAACUUUGUUUCAGAAGGUUGAGAGCGUAAGAGAAAAGGCAAAGGCUAAAGGGAAGCCUGUGAUGGGCGCCUAA